AUGGCAAUGCAGGCUCUCCUGCAUACGUGGGGGACGCAGACAGCAACGGAGAGGCAGAGGAUUACCGACAGCGAAGGGGUAGGCAGUGGGGCGACGCAGCGAUUGAAAGAGUUCGUCCGGCUUCAAGGAAAAGGAUGUUUCUACGCUGCAAACACCACCGGCUACUACCGCGGGGCCUGGACAAAGCAGGUGGAACCGCCUGUGGCUUUAGAGGCCAAUCCCGGGCGCCGCCUCCGCCUCAUGCAGGCCGGGGGGAGUGACGGGCUGCCGGGGGUGGCGGGCAGGUUCGGCGGCUCUGCGGAGGAGACUCGCCGCAGGCCAGCCACCAAGACGGGGGCUCAGGUGCCAGGGGGCAUGCGGCUGCACCAUACAGAGGGGCGCGUGGACGUGCAGCUUUUCAUGAAUCCCGUGGCAGGCCUGACCGACCUGAGUCUGGUGCAUGGCUACUUCAAGCUCCUGGACGGGCCCUUCUCCUCCGAGCGCGACGUGUUCGCAGUCCUCAAGGGCGUGUACCUGCGCCGUGAUGGCCGUCUCCUGCUCCGAACCGUCUCGCAGAAGCAGGCAGGCACCCUGGGCUUCGCCUACACCCUCCCGGCCUCCUCGGCCAAGACCUUCCGGGCCCAAGGCAGCGAUAGCGACAAACCUGCAGGGCGCGCGACCCGGACCCUAGGAGAGCCGAGCCAGCGUCUAGGGGGCGGAGAGGGGGUAGAGGGCAAUCCCGGCGACGCGAGUGAUCAGGCCUCUCCCUCGCACAUGGCGGCAAACGCCGAUACCGGCCUUGAGAGACGGAUAGCAGGUGUCUGGGGAGAUGUAGCAAGCUACCCGGAUGUGGAGAUGCGCCUGGAUGCCGUCUUGAGGGAGGUUGCAGCGAGCGCAGGUACUGACCUGGAGGAUCGGGCGGCAGGGCGAGAGGCAGAGGAAGCGGACGUGUUUUUCGGAAUGCAGUUACAGGCCGACAAGAAGCUGGAUAUGGAUGGAGCUGAUGAGAGUGAAGGGGCGGAAGUGGUGGGGCUGACGGUGCUGAAAGGUGGGGCGCUGUUGGCGGGGAUGGAGGAGAAGGCGGCUCCGGACGGCGGCUUGCUGGAGACAGUCCUGAUCCCAGACAGGACCAAAGAGAGAUACUUCCGGCACCAGACGAGCAACGGGCGGCGUUGCGUGUUCACCCUGGACGCGCGCUCCUCCCCGCGCCUGAACGCCAGCCAGGUCAUGGGCCAGACGGGGGCCCAGGGCGACGCCUCCUCCUCCUCCUCCACUGCCGCGGCGGAGAGCCAGGCGCGGCUUGAGUUGGCGGAUGGCUUCGAAGGGACGCUGACCAGUCCCGAGUGCGACGUGGCUCUGAGUGUGUCCUCACAGGCGAUCCGCCUCGACUGGACUCAGGCCUAUCGCAAGGCCGUCAACUACUCCAUCAUCGUCACCCUUGUCUGCGUCCUGCAAAUCGCUCUCCUCUUCCGCCAGCUCUAUUUCUCGCGCACGCAAGCAGCGGCCUCUCGGGUCUCCCUCUUGUGUAUCGGCCAGCAAGCCAUCCUAGACGCCCUCCUCUGCAUCGCCCACCUCCUUCUGUGCGCUGUGCUUCAGCCCCUCUUCGCCGCCUUCGCCUCCAUCGCCUUCUUCAAGCUUGUCAUCUUCUCCAUCUUCGAGAUCCGCUACAUGUUCAUCAUCCACCAGUCACGCGAUUCUCAGUCCGCCGCUGCCACCUCCUUCAACGGCCUUCGCCGGCAGCUAGCCGCCCUCCACGCCCGUUUCUACGCGGUCCUUUUCCUCCUCCUCUUCCUCGUUUACUUCUUGGCGCAGUACUUGGAGGUCCUCGUCUUCGUCCUUUACUCCUUCUGGGUUCCGCAGAUCGUCAUGAACGCCAGCAAAGGCCUCCGGCGUCCUCUCAAUCGGACCUACGUGCUUGGCAUGAGUCUGGCGCGCCUCGCCAUCCCCCUCUACGUGUACGGCUGUCCGGAGAACUUUAUUCACCUCAUUUUUUCGGGCUACAGGCCCGAUUACCGGCUCUGCUUCGCCCUGGUCGUCUGGGUGGGGGCGCAAGUCGCUGUCCUCCUCUCGCAAGAUUACCUUGGCCCGCAGUAUAUGAUCCCAGCGCGCUUCCUACCGCCCAAGUACAACUACUAUCGCCCAGUGCCCCAGGGAAGGGGGGGGAGAGCGCAAGGUCCUCAACCCACAGUGCGAGCAGGAGGGUUGGUGCACACGCAAAGCAGUGGGAGCAGUGGUGGCUGCGAGGAGAUUGAGUUGAUGGACCUGGAAGAGGGACCGGGACACGGGGGAGAAGCGGAUGGGGAGGAGGGCGGGGCCCUGGAGUGCGCCAUUUGCUUCAACGACGUGGACGUGACGCGCUUGGGGAGCUACAUGGUAGCGCCGUGCAAUCACGUCUUCGACAGGGAGUGUCUGGAGCGCUGGAUGGACAUCAAGUUGGAGUGUCCUGUCUGCCGGUGCUCCCUUCCUCAUCGGUGA